AAAUAUUAAACUAAUCAAAAACAAACUAAACAUGUCUCUCUCUACACGAGGACUUCUGAUUUCACUUUUAACUUCAGUUCUGCCUGAGCCGCCGAGCUAGACAGAUGUGAGAAACUGUGCUUCAGUGAAAGUGCAACAAGCAGCGAAUUUAGGUGAACGAAAAGACAACAAACACUGGCAAAUGGUAAAGCUACAAAAUGCAACAGCAAAUACCACGAAAAAUCACCACGUCAAAAUAACGAACGAAGGUGAAAUAUAUUACAUAAAUAAAACUAUUAAAAAAAUGGAAACGAUUCAAAACCAAGAAGGAAAUAGCUAUGAUGACGAACUAUCAUACCAAGAUGAACACUGGAAGACAGCCACAGUGCACAAAACGCGUAAAAUAAUACCAGGUUCAAGUGCCAUGAAAACUUCACAUGCAGAAAAGCAACAAUGGCUACAAGAUAUCCCACUCCAAAAUUCAUUCGGUUCAUUAAUAGAAGAAAUAGAUACGGACCCAAAAGAAAAAGUCACAACUCAUAUCGUUAAAUCACCACCGAUCUACAUAGAUGCCCAAAUAAUAGAUCCACUAAUCAAAUACACACUAACAAUAGAAACAUCAACACUUUUGGUAGCCAAAGUUAGCCAAAGCACAAGUAACUAAUCAAACACCACCCUUAAACAACCAAAACAACAACAAUAACACUACAGAAAUCAAGGAACUGCUCAAGGAAUCCAUCAAAAACAUUGAAAUUCUAACAAAAAUGAUAAGUGAACAAAAUGCAGUACUCAGACAACAAAUUGCAGUCAUGCUACAACUACUUACAAACAUGUUAAGUGAAAAAUAGAAAUGGACACGCUGAAAAUUAUAGCUUGGCACUCCAAUGGCCUACAACAAUGGGCCCUCGGAACUAAACAUUUCUGUAUAACGAUAAUAUUGACAUAUUACUUGUUUCAGAAACACAUUUCACACCAAAAAGCUAUAUGAAAAUACCAUAUUACACCAUCUAUGAUACCAAACACCGCUCAGGAAAAGCACACAAUGGGGCCGCAGUAAUAAUAAGAAAUGAUAUUAAACUAUUUAUGUAGUGAAAUUAGUCAGGAAAACGUUCAAGCAAGCACCGUUACAAUACAAACUAACAGCAGUUACUUCCAAAUGUCAGCAGUACAUGCACCACUACGAUACAAAAUGACAUUACAAAAAUGGGAACAGUAUUUUCAAUCCUUAGGUAACAAAUACAUCGCAGUGGGAGACUUCAAUGCAAAGCACACUCUAUGGGGCUCAAGAAUUAAGAUACCUUGAGUUAUAAAAGGACUAAAGGCAAACAAAUUAAAAAUAAUACCCAGUCUUGAGCUUAGCUCUGAUCAUACACCGAUAAUAAUAGAAUACACAAGCAAACCAAUAUUUUAUAAAAUCCAAAUCAAAGUCGCUUUGCACUAAAAACACCAAAUGGCAAACAUUUAAAGAAGUAAUCAUGAGCAAAAUCAACUGCAAUAUUGCA